AUCUGCUUUUUCUUCUCACGUGAGUCAACAGCAGAGAAUCCUCUCAGGCUUUUUUGGGACUCUCUUCUCCUCUUCUCCGCUCUUGUCAUCUGCUCUACUUGUUCGCAAGGGCCAUAUCGGUCGGCGUUGAUGAGUAGUGGCCGGAGUAAAGGGGUUUUUGUCAACAAUCGAAGAAAACUCCAAAUCCGGUACCACUUUCACCGAUACUAUGGAAGCAAGUUCAUUUGUCGCCUUCACCGGAGAUAGGACAGACGGUCGUUGAGGAAUCGGAAGAAACCUUCUUCUGCCUUUGGAGUGCUCCAUCCACCGUCCUUCAUCUCGUUGUCCGACUCGAACUCGUUAACAGUUAAUGUGUAAAGCAACAUAAUGCAGCCACAAGGAUUAACGAAUGAACGUCACGAAGUGGAUUCAAGAAGAGCUUCCUGCCGAAGAAGGGGCUACCUUGUAGCAAUAGCAUCCGCUACAGCCGCAGCCGCCUUCAUUUUUUAUGACCAAGUACCAAGGCCGAUGCAUAACUCAUCUUUAAGGGGUAUAGACAAAGUGAAUGAGUUAUUAGCAAACAAUAAUGAGGCGGCAAUGUUUAACAAGUCAAACUAAUCGUGAGGCACAAGAUGUAUGGCAACAUUCUGGGGAGACCAUUUCACGGAGAUUAAGUGACGUCCUAGAUGCCAUUUUUGCACUGCACGAUGAUUUCAUUAAACCCCCAAACUAUGCCAAAGUUAGUGAUUUUGUACGUGGCAAUCGUCAUAGAUAUGGGACAUGGUUUGACGACUGUGUCGGAGCAAUUGACGGGACUCAUAUACCUUACACACCGAUUGGUGUUCCAAAUCCAAUGGCAUAUCUCAAUAGGAAGGGCGUCAACUCUCAGAAUAUAAUGGCAGCAUGUUCCUUCGACAUGAAGUUCACGUACAUGUUAACUGGUUGGGAAGGUUCAGCACAUGAUGCACGAGUGCUUGCAGAUGCGGUCGACACACCGAGGUUUAAAUUCCCACAUCCACCACCUGGAAAACACUAUCUUGUUGACGCAACAUAUGCAAACAAUGAUUGUUUUCUUGCUCCAUAUAUAGGUGAGACAUACCAUUUGCCUGACUACCAAAGGAAAAGUGGUGGAUUUAAGGGACCUAGAGACAUUUAUAACUACAAGCACUCUUCCUUGUGAAAUUGUAUAGAGCGAACAUUUGGUGUUUGGAAGGCUAGGGUCCCUAUCCUAAGGCGGCCCAAUAAUACUUAUCUAAUGAACAAAUAAGUGAAGAUUCCAGUGGCAUGUGCAAUCUUACAUAAUUUUAUUCACAUGGUAAAUGAGGGGGACCCGCUUCUAAAUCAAUACUACCGUGAUGCAGUACCGGUUAGUGAAAUAGAUCUAACCAAUAUUGACGAGAUGGAUGACGAUGACAAUGGCGACAAUGUCCCUGAGGGGCCAACUGUAACAUGAGCUACUGUUAGCCGAACGGAGAUGGGUCGUUUUAGGGAUCGCCUAGCGAAUAACAUGUGGGUGGAAUACUAGAGAAGCCGUGGGAGACACGAUUGAAAGUGCAAAUUGGUUAUGGGAUUCUGCAAUAUUACUUCAUAUACAUGUAUCAAUUAUGUUUGCAA